UGUAUUUUGCCGGAGUUGUGACCUAAAAAUAUUUUAUAAAAUCUUUUUUUCAGAGGGUAUGUUUAAGUUUAAUAUUUUUUGCUUGGUACUUUGUUAUUUGUGAAGAACCUUUUUUAGCUGUUUAUUAUAGUUGACAACCAGAUUGUGAAUGCAAUGUAAAACGUGAUAAAAACUCCAACAGAACCUGUGCUGAUAAAAGUUGCCACAAGAAGACGAGGCCUCCAAGAGUCCUGUUCGUUUGGUGGUGCAAAACCUUCACAAAAGUGAACUGUCUUCACUGUGUUUAAAUGCUGUUGUACCUUCUACUACUGUACAUAGAAAUGGAAUAUUAACGUUUUAAAGCUGAUGUGAUGAAUAUGGACUUUAAUAUAACGACAUGACUUUACUGUUGAUUUUUGAGUUUAAAUGUGUGUAAACUUUGUGUCUGUCAUGAUCUGUUUUUUUCAAUUCCUGUUUUUCCACUGCUGGUGUGAACGAACCAGUCGUGGUCAAAUAUAAUUUUUCAAGUGCAGCUCUUCUUAGUGCUGAGCUCUCCGCUUUUCAGUUCCUCUUUUUCUCCCGGUGCUCCUGUAUAUUGUCUGUAUGUUUGGAUUUCUUCACAGCGCUCUGACAAAAACCUAUCACAUGACAAUUUGAUGCUCUCUGAACUGAUGUUUCUGGUUUCAGAACCUGUGUUGGGUUCAGGUUAAUUUAAUAUUACACGUUUGUCCUGCUGUUGAAGGUUAAAGUCAUCAUGGCUGUUACAUUAGCAUUAACAGAGUUUCAUAAUUUACAAAUCACUAUACAAAACUCUAAUUAAAAAUUAUAGACAAGAAAGUGAGUUUUAUUUUACCAACGCAGUCAGUCACUGUAUUUACAGUGUGUGAUGAGGAACAUGAGGUUGUUUGUUGAACCAGUUUUCACCUGCAGCUCCAACAUUAAUUCAUUUCCUUCAUGUUCACUACCUGUGUAAAACUAGUCCAACUGUGGCAUGAGGACAAUGAGCAGUGAAUAAAUUAAACGUUACAGCAUUAAUCAAUAUAUACAUAUUUACAACACAACGCAUUAUGAGUAAUGGCCAGUUGUGAGUCAUUGUUGGAACCAUAAGAGAAACUGCUAGUUUUCAGCUUUUACUAAUAGUUUCACCUGUUUUUUUUUAAUGAUUAGAAACCGAACAGUAACUGUUACCACCCGGUCCCACCUGGACACUCACAUGAGCUAAGAACAUGAGCGCUGAAAUGUUCUUCUUCUUUGUCUAAACCUCCCAGAGUGACAGAAUUUAACGACUGCAGGUUGAGAAAGUUCCAUUUCUGAUUGUUUACAUCAUCACGUUAACAACUAACUGUAGAAUCAGUGUUGAGCUGUGGGUUUAACUGACUGGUGACGUUUAGAGUCACUAACACACCCCACACCUACAUGUGCCACAAUAUAAACUAAUUUACUACAGACCACUUAACAUACAGUAAACCCUGUAGUAUGUGUGGAUGUACUGUAACUUACUGUAGCCUCAUUAAACACAUACAGAUCCCACUGGAUCCCACAGUCUCCAGUCUUCCUUUUCCUCAAGUGUUGAUUCUUCUCUGUCUCCUUUAACAGGAUGAAGAUGAUCUUCAGGAUCCUGCUGCUCAUCAGCUUCAUCUCAUGCAUCUCUGGAUCAUUAGUAGUGAAUGUGACCCAGACCCACUAUCAGGCAGAGCAGAACCACAGCAUCACACUGGAGUGGACCUUCACACCCAAACCUGACGUGUCCAUCACCUCAGUUUACAUCUACUGUCAGCUGGUGACUGAUCUCAGAGUCUCAGUCCUGUUUCAUCUCCAUGAAGGUGUUGAGGUCUCAGAGUCUCAGGAUCAACAGUUUUCAGGACGAGUCCAGUUUGACAGAGACAAGCUCAGAGAAGGACGGAUCAGACUCCAAGUGUCCAGACUCAGGACUGAUGACUCAGGACGCUAUGACUGUAUCAUCAGAACAUCAGAUGGUUGGAACAUGGACGUAUGUCGACUCAACGUCACUGCUGUUGAUCAGCACAAACCUCAGACAACAGUGAAUCCAGAACCAGAGAACCGGGGGAGAACAGGCCUUUAUGCUGCAUUGGGGCUGUUUGUCUGUGUGUGUGUUCUGCUGUUUCUGUUGUCCUAUCGACUAAAACUCAGGACAUAACAAAGGUAACGUCUGCUAUGUGACCUUAACCUAAUCUUUAGAAGACAGUGACUUUACAAAGCAGACGUUGUGUCUGUCUCCUUUUUCUUGAUGAUCCUGAUGAAGCUGCUUCUGUUUUAUUGCCAAGAAGUUUUAUACACACAUAGAAACAUUGUUGUUGAACAGAACAUUUUUACUUGUGCUUCAACAUCAGCAUUUACACCCAUAGAAAACCUGUGUCCUCAGGCUUAAGGCUGAGACGUGUCAUACUUUUACUCCAUGUCAGGUUGAAACUCUUCUGUUGAGCCAGAGUUCAAAGACAAACCUGGGUUUGGAUCCACCCUCAGUUCCUGCCACUCAAACCUUCCCUGCUGUGUUUCCAUGUUGUCUAGUGUCAGUUUGAGUUAGUGGAGGUGUCUCUGCUUCUCUGUGUGUAACAUGUGCAGUAAUUUAGCACUUUAACAAUUAUUUAUACAUAUUGUAAAUAAAAUCUUAUUUUUGCUAUGA